AGGAGUGAAGGUUUUGUCGCCCCAAGAGUCAUUGCAACAAGCAGUGUCGAGCGCACGGGAGCGGUGACUUUUGGCACCCCAACAGCCACUGCAGCAGGCAUUGCUAUGCACUCUUCCAAGUGUCCAUUAUCGGAUCCUGAUUCCCGGGCAGAAGCAGGUGCUGAUGAUCAGAACAAGGCACAACCUGGUGGUGUAGUCGCUGCUCCCAAAGUAGUGGAGACCGGUGCAUUAGGUGAGAAGGUUGGGGUGGAAGCGGAACAGGGGGCGGGUCAAAGCACAAGCAUUGCUAAGCGUUCCAGGGCUGCUGCGUUGCAACAAGGUGAGAGUAGCAAUCAUUCUCAUGGGAAGGAUUGUGUGGAGCAGGAGGAAGUUAUACAUCAGGGCGGAAAGGUGACUCCCAAAGAUGCUUGCAACAUGGAUCCUUCGGGAGCUUCUGAUAAGGUUGAAACACCAGUUCUUUCCUAGGGCACCGUGCAGGCAAUGAUGGUAAUUGCCUUGGAGUGGGAAGAUGGCCCAUCUUGUGCUCUUUUCUCGGAGGGGACCGAAGACUAUGAGUGGAUGAAUCAAAAAGUAGGCAUACUAGUCAAGCAUGUGCAAACACCAAAUGCUUCUAGCUCUGAUGUGCAGAAUUCAAUCCCAUCAGUGCCAAACUUUGACAACACUCCUCAAGUUGAAAGGCCUAGCAACCUCCCAACCGCAACAUUUGACACAGCUCCAAAGCUCCCUAGGGCAAACGACAUUCCGGGGCCUGUGUUUGAUGUGUCCCCCAUCUCAUUCAAAAACGCUUCCUCUGAUGGACCUCAAGUAGUAGUGGAUUUGCACGAGACAAUCGAGGCGAAUGUUGCGGUUAGGGGUGAGUCCAACAGUCUUGGUAAACAGUCAAAGAAGAAAAGGGUGGCUGUCUCCCCAGACAAUGUGCCAACGAUGAAGAAGAUUAAGGUUGAUGCACACGGUAAUGACCAGAUACAAGACAAGAAAACCAAAGAAAAACGAGCUUCUGCCCGACUUCAUAUUGAAAUAGAUGGCUUCCAUACAUCUCUCGAGAAUUUUCAUGCAUCUCUAAAGCCAAGAGCGGAGAUUGACAAUGAGGUCAUGACCUUAUACCUGAAGACAUUCAACUAUGAUCAGUCAGUGAAGAAGAAGAAGCCAAAAAAAAUUGUUUUCUCAGUGUUGAUGAGUUUGAAACUCAGUGCUGAGCCAGAUGUGUUUGAUCCGAAGGUGUGCGAAAAAGAAUUUAAGAAUGCUUGCUUACAAAAUCACAUUUCAAAAUCUGACCUGCUAUUCUUCAUGGUUGUACACAAAAAGCACUGGGCAGUAGUAGUUGUUAACAUCACCCAAAAGGAGUUCAAUAUCUUUGACUCCAUUAGGAACUCGGAAGACCUUUUUGAGAUGGACAGGAUCACUAAGAAUGUGGUAAUGCUCCUGUUGGAGUUUGGCGCAACAAAUCUUUUCCUUCUUUUUGCUUUUCCACACCGCACACUUAUGCAUUUUGUUUGUCCAUGUUUUAUCAGGUUUGAUCAGGUCGCAAACAUCAAGAGUGUUGCAAUGAGGGAGCCACUUUUUAAGCACAAUCUUGAGUCUUACUCGCUAUUCACCCCACUUGAUUACCCUCAAUAAAAAACUUACUAUAACUGUGGCUACUAUAGUAUUUUAUACGUGGAGAAUUGGGAUGGCCUUGCUAUGCUGUCAUUUGGCGAGGAUUACAUCCCAAACCUUCAGAAACGCAUUGCAGCAGAUCUGUUGAGACACCCAAGCAACAAGUUGGACCCCGCGCAUCAGCUGAAGCUGCUUCUUCAGCGUUAGAUGGGGGUUUUCGAGCUUCUGCAACAGGAGGAGUCAUGGCGGCGGAGGCCUAGUACUGCUGACGCGAGUUUUUGUAGCUAGCUAGAGUGUAGUUGGGAGCAUGUUCUUGUAGCCAGCUCGAGUGUAGUUGAGAGCUUGUUCUUCUAGCCAGCUCAACUGAACUUUUUUCACAAUGCAACUCUGAAUGAAGCACAGGAAUGUUUCAGUGUGCGACUGUAUGAAGGAUUUGUUUUUUGUGAAGCCUAUUCAAGAUUGUUUGUCAGCUUGUGCAA